UUUCCAUUAAAUAUAAAUAUAAGAUAAUUUUGUUAAUCGAGGCUACACAUAUAAAAAGAAUCACUUAGAGGUUUUUAUUUUUCUUUUGGUAAUCAUAGUGUACAUGUCAGUUUUUGAGCACCCAAUUAAAUUCUCAAAAUAUCUGCCCCUCUAAUCAGCAAAGAUUUCGGCUAACGCUGUCCACUUAGGCCGGAACAUGUAAUAGAAUCGCCUAGUGUUUUUAUUUUCUUUUUGGGAUUCGAGGAAUUUUCACUUUGAUUAAUUUUAGCUGAUUUUUAUGCUAUUACAGGUUAUGAUAAGAGGAAAAUGGAUGAAUUGCAAGUAGAGGAAUGCUGUAUUGAGAAUAAGCAAUCAGUUGCUGCUUCGAGCUCGUCGGUUUCUGAAAAUAGUGGUAGUGUUACUUUAAGGUCACCAGCAGUAUCUAGUCCAACCCCUGCAUCACCAACUCACAGGAAAACCACUGGUCCAAUAAGGCGAGCAAGGGGUGGUUGGACACCUGAGGAGGAUGAUACUUUGAAAAAGGCUGUUUCAGUUUACAGAGGCAAAUGUUGGAAGAAAAUAGCUGAGUUGUUCCCGGAUAGAUCAGAAGUGCAAUGUCUGCAUCGCUGGCAGAAGGUUCUCAAUCCAGAACUUGUUAAAGGACCCUGGACUCGGGAGGAGGAUGAUAAGAUUAUUGAACUGGUCGCUAAGUAUGGGCCGAUAAAAUGGUCUGUCAUAGCUAAAUCAUUGCCUGGUCGAAUAGGGAAGCAAUGUCGUGAGAGAUGGCACAAUCAUUUGAAUCCCAAUAUCAAAAAGGAUGCUUGGACACUGGAAGAGGAACGGGCACUUAUAGAUGCUCAUCGGAUCCAUGGUAACAAGUGGGCUGAAAUUGCUAAAGUUCUGCCAGGAAGGGCUGAUAAUGGAAUCAAGAAUCAUUGGAACAGCUCUCUGAGGAAGAAGUUAGACUUCUAUUUAGCUACUGGAAAUCUUCCAUCUGUUAAAUCUGAAGAGCUACUAGUUUGCUCAAUUAAAACAUCAGAAGCAGCUGACGUAGUUUCAUCAGGAGCUAUAGAUAUAUGUAAAAUAGAAAACGGAUGGCAGGUGACAGAAAUCAGUGCUUCCAAUGGUGGUCCUCAAGCUGAAUCCACUGAUUCUGAAAUCGUCAGGUUGGAAGAUCAAUCACCAGAAGAAGAUGCUAUUCAACACAUCAAACAAAGUACAGAAUCAGAAAACAGGUGUGAUGGCUGGAACAUAGAUAGUGCAGUAGGUCGAUUACAAGUUUUUGAAGCACCAUUUCCUUGUGAAAUCUCGACAUGUGGUAGGUUAUACUAUGAACCACCAAGGUCAGAAAGUUGUAUUCCACUGGAUUCAGAUCUUCUAAAUAUCGGCUGGGCACAAUGUGAAUCUGAUGCAAGUCCAAGCCCAUCACCAAAUGGUUUCUUCACUCCACCUAGUACAAAGGACCAUAGCCUAUAUGCACAAACUCCUGAAUCUGUACUUAGAAUUGCUGCUAGAAGCUUCAAUACGCCGUCCAUAUUAAGGAAAAGAAAGUCUCAAGGUAAACCUUCGACGCCAACUAAUAAAAUGAGGAAGUCAGAUGGAGAUUUCUGUAAGGACAAACUUAUUGAUGCGUGUGACAAAGUCCAAUUCGACAGCUCAGACAAAUCUAGCAUGGAUAAUUGAGUUUCUUGAAGAAAUUCUUCCAAUGGUGGUCUGUUCAACAGUCGAGAAUUUAAUGCCUCUCCUCCCUAGCGAUUAAGGUCUAAACGGACAUCUAUCUUUAAGUCUGUGGAGCAGCAGCUUCAGUUUGCACUCAACAAAGAGAAGCAUGAUACAUGUAAUGGGUUCAGUGAUUCAACUGUAAAUGAGAUAUCACAUGCUGCCAAGAAGCAUACAGAUCAGAAGGAGGUGGAAUAAAUGCAGAACAUUUUGCAAUUUCAGACUCUGGCUGGUAAGUCCCAUGAGAUGGAGGUUCGGAAGCAAUCAGUAACAACGGUCAGAAGAACUUAAGACACCUCUUGAAACAUCGAAGGACUUGGAUCUUCCAGAUGCAGUUUUGUUAAUUGUUAGGUGUACAAAGAUCUCUUAGUUUACAUCGGUUAUGUGCAGGUUAUAUUGGCUAUUGGUUUUUCGUAGAUGUUACAGGGCGAUUUUUGUUAUACAUGAAAGAUUGUUGAAGCUGCCAUUGAAUAGCUGCUUAAUAAGAACAGUUGUCUGGUAUAUCAUUGUUCAAUACCAUUUAGAAAAUUGGUGUUUGUUAAGCUUGUAAGUUUGUCGAAGUAGUUUAUACAUAUUCUUUUUUUAAAUC